UCUCUCUCUCUCUCUCUCUCUCUCUCUCUCUCUCUCUCUCUCUCUCUCUCUCACAGCUGCAAACAUCAAGUGCAAAGAAACUCAGCUCCAUUUGAGAAUCAGAAAGAGACGGGAAGACCCAUACAAGUGAAGAAAGAUCAAGAAGACUAAUAAAGAGAGGGCGUGUGUUUUUUCCAGGUUUAUGUGUGUGAAUCGGUCUGUGUGUUUAUAUUUGAUCACCUGUGGUCAUGGAUGGUAGUACAUAUGAUCAUUUCCACCACAGACCUAACUUUCCCUUCCAACUACUUGAAAAGAAAGACGACGAAGUUUGUUCCUCCUCCGCCACUGAUGCAUACCCAUCACUUGCAAUCGCCACCGACACUAAUAAGAAUAACCUAAAUCCUAUGGUUCGAUCCAACGCCUCCACUCUCCUAACCUCAACCGCCGCCGCUACCUCAUCCACAGAGCUUUCAAAGAAACAACUCCCUAAGAGAACUUCAACCAAAGAUCGACAUACAAAGGUUGACGGCCGUGGCCGUCGCAUCCGUAUGCCAGCGCUUUGCGCCGCCAGGGUUUUUCAACUUACUCGGGAACUAGGACACAAGUCUGACGGAGAAACCGUCGAGUGGCUACUUCAACAAGCCGAGCCCGCUGUCAUAGCAGCGACCGGCACAGGCACCAUUCCGGCGAACUUCGCUUCACUCAAUAUUUCCCUCCGAAGCUCCGGGUCCAGUAUGUCGGUUCCUUCUCAGCUCCGAUCCACUUAUUUCAACCCUAAUUUUACUUUCCCACAAAGAAGAAAUCUUUUUCCGGGAAUUGGGCCGGAUAGUCCAUCGUCAAACCUUUUGAAUUUUGGGUCCUCGACGAUUCUAAAUCAGAUUAUACAAGCAAAAGAAGAAUUACGAGAUAAUUCAGUGGAGUUAUCAGAGUCGCCGGAGGAGGGUAUGGGAAGGAAGCGUAGACAGCCCACGGAGCAGGAUUUAUCGUCGCUCCACCAGCAACAUAUGGGAAAUUAUCUACUUCAGUCAAACUCCGGAGCUAUGGCGGCUAGUCACACAUCAAUACCUACAAAUUUUUGGAUGGUUGCUAAUUCUAACCAACAGCAAGCCAUGGGUGGAGACCCUGUAUGGACUUUUCCAAACGUCAAUAACAGCACCUUAUACAGAGGCACCGUUUCUAGUGGGCUGCAUUUCAUGAACUUUCCGACGCCAGUGGCGCUUUUGCCAAGUCAGCAACCGGGGAUUAGCGGUGGCAGUGGUGGUGUAGUCGGAGGUGGUUACAGUGAAGGACAACUGAACAUGCUUGCUGGGUUAAACCCAUACCGUCCUAUAUACGGUCACGGGGCAUCUGAACAGCAACAGAGUGGCUCUCAUGACGGAGGCCGUGGUGGAGAUGAUCGGCAUGACACGACCAGCCACCACUCGUAGCUGACUCCCGCCACCGGUGGUUAAUAUUGCGUUAGAUGUUUGAUAUGUAAACACUAAACACACGUGAGCUUUGAUUUGUUCCUCAAUUUUGGAAAUUUAAUUUUUGGUGAUUUUUUUAAUUUCAUUUUGUGUGACAAAAAUUAUAAACGUAUCAGGAUUUUGAUGAA